AUGAAUUUAGAUUCCAUUCAUCAGUUAAUUGAGGAAACACAAAUGUUCCAGAUGCAGGAGUCCUCAGUUAAACCCCCUUGUGACAUGUUAGUACCUGCUUCAUCACCCAGGGACACCUGCCAUUCCUGUUCACCACCUCAGGGGCUGCAAUCAUGUGCCGCCCACAACUUCUGUGCUCACUCGUGUAACACCAGUGAGUGGAAUAUUUGUGAAGAGCUUCGCCUGCGGGAACUUGAAGAAGUCAAGGCCAGAGCUGCCCAGAUGGAGAAGACCAUGCGGUGGUGGUCAGACUGUACUGCCAACUGGAGAGAAAAAUGGAGUAAAGUCCGGGCCGAAAGGAACAGCGCCAGGGAGGAGGGAAGACAGCUCAGGAUAAAAUUAGAGAUGACAAUGAAGGAACUGAGUGCACUGAAAAAGAAGCAGAGCUUGCCACAUCAAAAGGAGGUAUUGGAAACCGCCCAGGACCUAAAGCAUCCUACUUUCAUAGAAGCGCCUUCUGCACAAAGAGACCAAUUUCACAUUGGUUCAAAAACAUGGGAGUCUAUCAAAGACUGUCUGGUAAAAAGGGAAUUUCCUACAAAGGAGAACCCAGAUAGUAAGGAACAAGGUUUGAAUAUUGACCAGUUAAAAUUAAAUGAGGAGAUGAAACUCAAUCUUAACUGUCCUGAUUCAUUCAAAAAUGUUGUUUCUGAAAACAGUGCACUGAAGUCUUCAUUAAGACUGAAAGCAAAAAACCUGCCUUUGGAGAAUGAAGUGCCUGAAAUUUUAGCUUUGCAGAUACAUCUGGAUGAGUUCCAAAAAGUUUUACGGAAAGAAAGAGAGAAGCGCUCCUCUUUGGAAAGAGAAAUAGAACGACUGGAGUCAGCAUUGUCUGUAUGGAAAUGGAAAUAUGAAGAACUGAAAGGAUCAGAAACAAAAUGUCUGAAAGAGUUUAACAUUAUUCCUGGUCAACAUGAAAGUGAAAUGAAAGAAAUAUUGAGAGAUAUAAAAGAAGAGUCAAAAUGUCAAACCAGCAAGGAUAGAAUGAUCUACGAGUUAAGAGUUGAGCUAGAGAGAUUGCAAGCUGAAAAUAUCUUGGAGCAGGACAAGAGGGAAAUACUUGAAACCGAAAAACAAGGACUGGAAAGAGAAAAUAGAAGGCUAAAGGCCCAGGUGAAAGGAAUGGAAGAGCUUCUGGAGAGGAAACAUGUAUUAAGUGUAAACUCUCCGGGUCCUGACUUCAAGACAUCACAAACUGAACUGCAAGAAAAAAUCAAGGUCCCUGGCAUCAGGAUGGAGCUCCAGGGCCCGUUCUGAAGAUGCUGGUGGGCCUCGGGAGCAGACGUGCUCAGCAAAAGUCCGUGUGCUGUGGAAAUAGUGGGAAGGCACCGAAGAAGUCAUGGGAUCUCCUAAAUUAACUCCCCUCCAAGGAUCUGGUGGUUAUACUCAGUUUUUGUAGCUAAAGGAAUUGUCAUGUUAUGACUUUUCCUACCUGCUUUAUCCUUACAUCCUGUUGUUCAUCUCUGCCCAAAUUCAUUUGCACUGAAAUUAAAGUACCUUUCUAUGUUGUUUUA